GGAAGCGGGGCAGGGGCGGGCGCGACGGGGAGCGGAUAAUGCCUGCGGUGAUGGUGGUGUGGACGGGCACAGCGCUGCGCUCGCCGGAAACAGGAUGGGACGCAGUGAGGGCUGAGGGCCUCCCCCGGGCUGGGAUCCGGGAAAGCGUCCGGGUAGCUCAGUGCUCGGGGACGGCUGGUGGGAGGGGAUGUGGGUCAGCACCGGCGGCAGGCUCUGAUCAUGGGGACAGCCCAGACCCUGUAGCUGCUGUCCCUCCCCGCAGCCCAGGGCCCUGUGGGCAGGAGGGUGGGGAGGGGGGGGGGGAACCACUGGAGGGUUCCUACCGUAGCACCGUUUGCUCUGCUGCUCUCACUGUUCCAUCACUGCACGCUGUUGCAGACAAGGUCCUGCGGGAGCUGAUCGAGCCCUAUGAACUGCGGGCGGCCAAACUGCGUGAAUUCCUGGCAGAUGUGCAGCCCUCGGUGCUGUAUGACAUCGUGCCUCUGGGCGACCCCUACGGCCCUGCAGUCACGGACCCGGAGCUGCGCUGCAUCGUUGUCAGCGAGGAGACGCGCAGGGGCGGGGAGGCCGUGAACAAGAAGAGGAUCGAGAAUGGCCUCGCUGCGCUGGAACUCUUUGAGAUCGAGCUGAUGGAGGACCCUUACCAUGGCCACAACGAGGAGGAGAAGAUCAGCUCCUCCAGCCUGCGACAGCGGCUGCUCGGCACACUGCUUCGGCCCCCACGGGACCGGCGCUCGUCUGACCCUUCCUUCCCCAGGACAGCCCCACGCUCCCCCCCCACCCCUACCAUCAUCGGUCUGACCGGGGGCAGCGGGAGCGGAAAGACCUCCAUCGCCCAACGCCUGGGGCAGAUGGGAGCGUUCCUCAUCGAUGCCGACGCGCUGGGCCACGCCGCAUACCUGCCUGGCAGCCCGGCCCACGGCCGUGUGGUGGCUGCAUUCGGGGCAGAGAUCUUGAACAAAGAUGGGACAAUUAACAGGAAGGUCCUUGGGGCAAAAGUAUUUGGAAACCAGGAGCGGCUGAAGAGCCUCACAGACAUCGUGUGGCCAGAGAUCGCGCGGAUGGUCAGGGAGCGGAUUGGAGAGGCGGGAGCUCAAGGAAAGGCUGUGGUCGUGCUGGAUGCCGCUGUGCUGCUGGAGGCCAACUGGCAGGAGAUGGUGCACGAGGUGUGGGCGGCCAUCAUCCCCGAGGAGGAGGCCGUGAAGCGCAUCGUGAGGAGGGACGGGCUGAGCGAGGAGGCUGCCCGCAGCCGGCUGCGGAGUCAGAUGAGCGACAGCCAGAGGGUGCAGCAGGCGCAGGUGGUGCUGUGCACGCUCUGGGAGCCGGAGGUCACCCGCAGGCAGGUGAGCCGCGGGCCGCUUCCGACGGCACGAGGAGCGGAAGGGGGGAACGGGAGCUCGGCGCUGGACGCGCUGCUGGGCUCCCAGCGCCUCUUCCUGCUGGGCCGAACGCUGCAAUCCGCCCGCGCCGUCGCCACCAGCGAGCGCGAGGCUGAGCAGUACGAGCACAACGCCCGCAACCAGGUGACGCUGUGGGGGCCCAGCGGGAACAUCCUGGACUACGCCAACAAGCAGCUGGCAGGCCUGGUGCUGGAUUAUUAUGGGGUGCGCUGGAGCCUCUUCGUCUCUCUGCUGGUGGAGAGCCUGAACACGGGCAGCCCCUUCCACCAGGAGCAGUUCAACCAGGCUGUCUUCCAAGUGGAGAGGGGCUUCAUCUACAAUGGGAAGCGCUACCCUGCGACACCCGUCGGUGACACGCUGGAGAUUGCCAGGAAGAUCUUCCUCAAGUACUACCCCAGGGCCACACAGCAUGGCUGGGACGGGCCCUCCUGA